CUUAAAGAUGGUCUAACACAUGGCCGUUUUGUUUACAACUGAUUACAGUGAAACAUGGCUGAUUACCACCAGAUAGUGUCUUUCUGUUGUAUAUUCUGUUUAAAACUAAUUUGUUAUAUCAUUAAUGUGGUUCCAUGGUUAAGUAAUGGUUCCGUUUCAAAGCCGUCCUGGAUUAUACAGUAUCUGUUACAGAAAACGUUUGAAGAUGACAAGUUGAAAAAGUUAGAAUUUCUUACACAAAUUUACCACAAGCAAGGUUUAUUUCGUUUUGACAGUAAAAUCUAUAUUUUCAACCAGAAGCUAGCACAAACAGCUAUCAACAAGUUGGAAAAAGGAGCAGAAAAUUACUUAGACAACUCUCCACUUAAAGAUACAUUUUUAGGUUCAUCUCAGAAAAGUCCCGAAACAAGACGUGCUAUCGCAUCCUUGUUCAGAAAAACAUCUAUAGAAGAAAGGGCAUCUUCGAUGACAGAAGAUAUUAAAAAGAUGUGUUUGAAAAUGAAGCAGCAAUCACUUAGAUCUGUAAAUAUAACUCAUUGGUCGCUACGUCUAGCGUUAGACAUUGUCGGUCACGUGCUUUUGCAGUUAGAUCUGAAUGCUUUGGACGGCGAACAAGAUGAAUUAUUAGAGUGUAUGGUGACAAUUCUCCAUAGGUGUUAUGCUUUAAAUGAAAUUUCAACAGACUCUGACGAAUUUAAGCAAGCAAACGAGGGACUUGAUCGGAUUACUUCAAAUAUACUCAAAGAUGCUCUAGAAAAAGACGAUACUACAAUACAGAAACGGCUGGUUGUUCAAUUGCACGAGGCCUGUGGAUUUGAAGAAGCUAAGGACAAUAUGAAGCUAUUUCUGAUGGCUGGAACAGAAACAACAGCUUCAUCUAUUCCCGUGGUGUUCUCAUUGUUAACUGAUAAUCCUGACAUUCAGGAAGAACUAAGAGAUGAAGCAAUAGAUCGCUGGUCUGAAAUGAUGGCGGAACCUACCACGUCUUUACCAAAAAUAGAAAGUAUGAUUAAAGAGGUCCUAAGACUUUAUCCAAUAGCACCUUUCAUUAGCAGACAAAACAAUGUCCCUGUAAAUCUGGGAAACAUACACUUGGAUGAACAUAGUGAUGUCGUUAUUUUCACAUGGGGAAUUCACAGAUCUCCGUACCUGUGGAAAGAUUCAAAAGUAUUUAAACCGUUCCGCUUUCUUGGAGAGGAAGCUUUGCAUUCAAACAUGUAUAUACCAUUUGGAGCAGGAUCUCGAGUGUGUAUUGGACAACAUAUGGCGGUUCUGGAACUGCGUUUAGCUAUAGCAAUCUUACUUCAUACUUUUACAUUUUCAAAGAACCAAUCCACACCAGACUUAAAGUUUGUUGUUGACUGGGCCCAUGCUGUUGUGCACCCAGAUAAAGAUAUGAUGUUUACUUUAGAGAAUGUUUAAUUGUCUUUUGAAUUCUUAAUAACAUGCACUUCAAAACAGCUUGGACAUAAGAUGCAUCGGCUAACUGGUAUGUGGAAAAAACUAUCCUGUUACAUUUGUCGAUUGGACUAUAUGCAUGGCCCACUUCAGGAAACUUAAAAGUUAAAUACAAUUAUGAGCACCAAAAACAGCUACAAUAAAACAUUCAGUGCCAAAUA